UGGUCAAGAAUGGUCCUACUCACCUCAUCUAUUUGCAAAAACUGAUUUAGAAUUAUUGUAGCACUGUUUUUGGUGUAUUGGAAUUUUUCGAACGUGUAGAUCAAAUCGCUUUUUGGUUUGUAGGAUUUUGUUAAAUAUCGCAACUUCAUAAAAUGUCAUUCCAAUCACCAAUGCCUAGCCGGGAGUUCCUUUGGGAUAUCUUUAGACGAGUGGACAAAGACCGCAGUGGGUAUAUAUCAGCUGAUGAGCUUCAACAAGCUUUGUCAAAUGGCACCUGGAACCCAUUCAACCCAGAAACAGUAAGACUUAUGAUUGGUAUGUUUGACAAACAGAAUAGAGGUGUCAUAUCAUUUGAAGAUUUUGGCGCACUAUGGAAAUAUGUCACAGAUUGGCAAAAUUGCUUUCGCUCAUUUGAUAGAGAUAACUCUGGAAAUAUAGACAGGCAAGAACUGAAGAAUGCUCUCACAGCAUUUGGGUACCGGCUAUCUGAUGAAGUUGUGGGCAUUAUGGUCCAAAAAUUUGAUAGAUUUGGACGAGGCACAAUUUUGUUCGAUGAUUUCAUCCAAUGUUGUGUCACUUUAUAUACUUUGACUUCGGCAUUUCGUCAAUUUGACACUGAUCAAGAUGGAGUGAUCACAAUCCACUACGAACAGUUCCUGAAGAUGGUAUUCGGCCUAAAGGUAUAAACAUGGAGCAUGGAGAUGCUUUUACCACCUUCUAGGUUUCUGUUAAACACAGUGCUUAGCAAGCAAAUAACAUUACUUUUUGUAAUAUUCAUUAAUAUGUCUACGCAAUUUUAAAUGUUAUUUGCUAGAUAUAAGUUCUGUAAUUGAAAUUAUUAGGUACAGUCGCCUGCAAUAAUAUGUUAACACCGAAGGUCGCAGAAAUAUCUGUCACAGUCUUAUUUUUUCUUAUUUAGAGAGAUUAAGAGCGUGUCACGGCACAUAUUUUUGCGGCCUUCGUUGUGUUUGUGUACUAUAUUAUUGCAGGUGACCGUACGUGUUAUGUAUGUUACAAUUAAUAUACCUAUAUGUACAUACAUUUCUGUUAUGAUGGUCAGCGUGCAAAAUUCGAUAACAUUAUUACUUGUUAAAUUACUUCAGCGAGGGAAAGUGAACCGCUGUAUUAGGUUUUAUGUUGAGAAAACAGCUUGAUUUGUUUCCGCAGUAUUUUAGUCUAUUAAUCUGAUUUUAUUAUAAUACACAAAAAUGAUUAUUUUA